AAAAAAUAAAUUCAAUUUGUACAUUCCAAAUGUAAAUUUAUUUCUGUUUUCCUGAUUACCGUAUCGUAUUAAUUAUAUAUCAUAUAUUAAAUUUAAAUUAUAUAUAUAUAUUAGUGUUCAAAUAGAAAAUAAAUUUUCUGUUUUGGAAUUUGUUACAAACAAAAAACAAAAACAACAAAUUGUUUUUUCUUUAUCAUUUCGUUUUCGUUUUUACACUCCUCAUGAUUUCGUUUCUUUUUCCGGCGCCAAUUAUCGUUUUCAAUUGCUCAUAAUUUCCAUUCUUUUAUUAUUUUUCUUCUCUUUAUUUAACCACCGGGAGAUUGCUGUACAAUGUCAAAAUCUUAAGAAUAUACAAUCUCCAAAAAUAAAACCCGAUUUUUGUGGAAAAGUACCAACUAUGUCUAACUAUACAAAAUGAUGCAUGCUAUCAAAGCCAAAACUACAGACAACAAAUUCUUCGACGCUUGUGUGGCUACUGGUGAUCAAAAACCCAAAACAUGCACUUUUAUUUUGGAGUAUCUGUAGACAAUACAUGAACUCUCAUAGUCGCUAGGGUUGUCGUGGGAAAGGAAAUUUCGAGUACUUUCGGGCAGGGGUCUGUCAGCUCAUUGUUUUAUUUUUUUACUACCUCGGCGCACACAUACACUUCUAUCAACCGCAUAGCUAACUUCAUUGCGCUCAACUGACAUAUUCGUUUUUUAAUUUUAAACAAUAAGCAACUAACGACUCCGGAAUUUUGAUUUCAAUCAAUUUUCUAAUAAUCAGAAAAAUUAUUUGAUUAAAAUGGUGAUACAAUGUUGUGUAAAAGACUGUGGUACUGUUGGAAAUAAUAAUUUCCACAGUUUCCCCAAAAACAAGCAAAUCGCAGAAAAGUGGAUUGCGGCUGCCCAAGCGGUACAUUUGAUUGAAAAACUGAAUGAUAACAAACUAUCGAGUUCAUUCUACAAAGUGUGUAGAAAACACUUCCAAGAAUCUGAUCUCACGAAAAAUGGAAAAGGACAGAUCAUUGUGAAGCAGGAUUGCGCACCGAGCCUGUUCCUGCCAAAUAAUACUAACGUUCCAGCAGCGAUGACUAUCAAUUCUACCAAUCCUCCACAGCACAAUUCACUGCCAGCCGACAAGGACAAAUCAGUGGAUCAACCUGAAAGUGAUCGCAAGUUUGAUGAAAGGGGCACUGGACCUUCUACGGUCGAAUCGGUCUCGAAAAACGGUCCUAGAGCAGCUGAAAGAAAUGGACGUCAAAUUGGCAAUCGCUCCAAAGCCAUGAACGAACCACGCUCGAAUACGUUGAGUUACUACAAGCGACGUGUGAAGGUCCUACAGCAGAAAGUCAAAAACACCAAACUAAAUGAUUCUACAGUCCUCGAUUAUUUAAAGACCAAGUUUAAUGAACAGCUGAUGGAGUUCAUUACUAUGCAACUGAAAAACUGCGGACGAUCAAAACACGGAAGACGCUACACACCUGAACAAAAGAGCCUUUGCCUAGCAAUGUACAAACAAGGUCCGAAAAGCUACCGUUUUAACGAACAAUGGUGUUGUUUGCCCACUAAACGUACCUUGGGCCGCUACAGCGCGCAAUUAAUGUUUAAAUCCGGAGUUGAUUCGAAAGUUCUGGCUGCCGUCGAAAAUAUCGUAGCACAGUGGCAUCAAAAGGACAAAUACUGUUCAAUCGGUUGGGACGAGGUCUCCCUUAAUGAACACUUGGAUUAUUGCCAGUCGAUGGAUAAAAUCGAAGGGUUUGUUGAAAUGUGCAAACCGAAAGUUCCAAUUUUUGCGACUCACGCAUUGACCUUUAUGGUUCGUGGAAUCGAAAUAUCAUUUAAGCAAUCGGUCGGAUACUUUUAUACGAACGGCUUGAGCUCAUUUGAAUUGGUAGAGCUUAUCAAAUUAAUGAUAGAACGAGUAUCCGCUACAGGUAACUAUAAAAGUGAAGAAUUUUUCGUCAUUGCUUCAAUAAGAUAAUAGAGAUGAAACUCUGCAAAUGUACAGUGUACAUUUAUAGAUACAAUUGAGGUCAUUUUGAUUUGGUGGAAAAUGUCGAGCCGUUUAAAGCAUCCUAAUAAUUUCACAAAGUUUUUGAUUCACGUCUAUCGAUUAUUCAUAUUUGUAUCUAUCUUAUACCAUGACAUUAAUGAAUGGAAUGCCUCUGCUCUUUUAAGAGUCAUACAAGCGGUCUCCGAUUUUAAUGAGUGGCAACUCGCUGGAUUCGUAUUUCAAUUCUUUCUAUGAAACACUGAUCUUUCACUUAUUCCA